GAUUUGCUGUUGCAUCAUUGAGUUCAGGUUGAACUGUCAUCGCUACUUUUCUGUUGACUUCGAUUUGUGCAGGCAGAAGGAGGGUCCUUUGGGGUCAUGGACAAUCAAAACAAGGAUGGAGAUUCUGACAGAGAGUCUUAUGGGCUUAAGUGCUGGCGCAGUGUAUGUGGGGGUUACCAGAACUUUUGCGUUGAAAACAGAUGCUUUCAGAAACUUCGCUGGUAAAAAGAUUUCUCAGUUAUUGAAGGCUUUGGCUAACAGGAAAUCACCAACUAUUGACCCACGAAACAUCAGCUCCACCCUACAGAACACAGGGACAGGCACUUCUAACACUAAUGGGACUUUUAGAUCAAGAGCCUUCCUCCCUGAAAACAUCAGGCAGUUGUCCAAGUGUCAGUUUAAAAGGCGGGAUCACCUAAGGGAAAGCUUACCUGCCUCCGUACCUGUUCUUGCCCCUAUCACUGGAGUGGCCUCCUCUCAGGAGGGACAACUGCAGCCCAGUGUACCAUCCUCAAAUCCUGUCAUCCUUGCACAUCUGAUGCUGCCCUCUGACUCGGUCUGCUCUAUAGUAGGAGAGCACGAGAUGCAUCCACACAUCCUGGGUGUGCAGGCUUUAACCACACAGCAGAUCUGUGACCCACUGAGGACGCUCCCUGAACAGUUUCCCCAGACUGGGCCAACCAGUGAAUGGUUCUUUGAGGACUUGGUGGACCUCCAGAGGAAGCUGUUUUCAGGUGAUUUAAAGAAAACUGGGAGUCCCAAGAAACUCUCAGACAGCUAGGAAAACUCAUCAGAACCUACAUCUUUACCACUUGGUUGAAGACAAAGACAGAAAAGAUAAAAUCAAAUUGA